GUGAUCUUGUCCCUUUAGACCAUGGAGUGCUAUGCGCUCUUUCUCUUUUUGUUGGGGAUCCUGGUCUUGACAGAGUCCUGGGCAGGCUCUCACUCAUUGAGGUAUUUGGAAACCUCCGUGUCCUGGCCCGAGCUUGGGGAGCCACAGUUCAUCGCUGUGGCCUACGUGGAUGAUCAGCAGUUCUCGAGCUUCGACAGCGGUGGCACGAGUCAAAGGUUGGAGCCGAAGGUGCCCUGGAGGGAGAAGAUGGACCAGGGGGAGCCGGACUACUGGAAGGAGAAGACGCAGGUCUGCAGGCACAUAGCACAGACUCUCCAAGCGCAGUUGAAGAACCUGCCAGGCUACUACAACCAGACCGCGGGCGGGGUCCACACCUUCCAGCGCAUGUACGGCUGCGAGGUUUCCCCAGACCUAACCUUCAAGCUCGGAUUUCUAAAAUAUGCCUACGAUGGGCAAGACUACAUCUCCCUGGACGCUGAGACCUACAGGUGGACGGCUGCGGUACCCCAGGCAGAGAACACCAAGCACAAGUGGGAGGGGGACAAGAGCUUCACGGAAGGAUGGAAAUUCUAUUUAGAGGAGCAGUGCGUGCAGAUUUUGAAGAAGUACUUGGAGAAUGGGCAGGAGACACUGACAAGGACAGACCCGCCUUCUGCCAGAGUGACCCGGCACACUGCCCACGAUGGGGAGGUGACCCUUAGGUGCCGGGCCCAGGACUUUUACCCUGGGGACAUCUCCCUGACUUGGCUUAGGGAUGGGGAAGCACAGAUCCAGGACACAGAGUCCAUUGAGACCAGGCCUGCAGGAGAUGGGACCUUCCAGAAGUGGGCAGCUGUGAGGAUGCCCUCAGGCCAGGAAGGGAGAUACACCUGCCGAGUUCAGCAUGAGGGGCUGCCUGAGCCCCUCACCCUGAAAUGGGAGCCAGAGUCCUCAUCCAUCUGGGUCAUUGUGGGGGUUAUUGCUGCUGUCCUCACUGCAGUCAUUCCUGGAGUUGUGAUCUGGAGGCACAAGAAGUCAGGUGGAAAAGGAGGGGACUUUGUUCCAGCUGCAGACAAUGACAGUGCCCAGGGAUCAGAUGUCUCUCUCACAGCCAAAGCAUGAGAGAAUUGCCCUUUGUGGGUAUUCAAGUCUCCAGUUCCUGUCUUAUUACUGUUGACCUGCAUCAUCGGUGUCCUCAGCCUGUUCUCUUAGGCCUUCCGCUCCUGCCAUCCUUUCUUUCUGCCUGUCUCACUUUGCAGGGAGACAAUCAUCGGUAAGGACCAGAGGGGAAUGAAGCCCUCCUUCACAUUUGAGGUUGCACUGAACUCUGUGAUCUUUUUGCUCUUUCAAAAAAAAAAAAGAUAAUGAAUUAUUUUUUUGAAUCUUCAACUUUUCUUCACAAUCUCAAUUGAGCUUUACAUGGGGGGGGGCAGUUUGGAAGAUGGGAUGACAGUAUAGGGAUGUUCUGACCAUAUGAAGGGUAAAAUAAAUUGUUUGGAGACUCCUUAGUAUUCUUUUAUA